CUGUUUGGUUUCUCAAUUAUUAAAUUUACAGUAGAAAGAAUCAGCGAUGAACAACUGAAUGCAAUCCUUAAUUCCGAUCUCUUCGAAGGUGAUAUUCAGGGUAUCGAUACAACAGCAAUACACGCGCCGUUAUUAAGGGAUGAACCAACGGAUCCAUACGACUAUAUUUUCAAAUUGCCGGUACACCUAUCUAUCGUCAUCUGUGCAUCUAUUUUCUCAAACCUGUAA